AGGGGCACAUCGUUCCCCCGUCCCCAUCAAACCGUCCGGCCCAUCUAUCAUCUCCUUUUCCCGGCACCCAUCCGUCAUCAACUUCCCUGCAUCGCAAACACCUUGCCCGACAUUCCACAGUGCCCAUUCCCACAAGCGUCGACGCUACAAACCUUCAAAAUGGAUCGCAUCAAGGAGAAAAUGAACUCGCUCCGCUUGGAAAACGACGAGGCCAACGCCAAGAUCGAGGAGCUUCAGGCGAAGAACAAGGUCUUGGAGCAGGAGGGCCUCGCCAACGAGCAGGAGAUCAAGUCGCUCCAGCACAAGAACAGCAUCCUCGAGGGUGAGGUGGAGAAGCUCGAGGCCCAAAUCAAGGACUUCAAGAAGGCCGCCGAUGAGGGUCAACAACACGGCACCCAGAAUGAGACGCUCCAGCGACGGCUGCAGCUCCUUGAAGACGAAGCUGAGGAGGCCGACAAGACUCUCCGUGAGACCAACGAGAAGCUCCGACAAACCGAUGUCAAGGCCGGCCACUUCGAGCGCAAGGUGCAGGCGUGCGAGGCGGAGCGCGACCAGUGGGAGGCCAAAUACGAAGAGAUGGCUAAGAAGUACGCGGCCCUGGAGAAGGAUCUGAAGGACCUGCAGGACGAGAUCGGCAACAUUUGAUCGCGACUCCUCGUUUUCUUAGUAGAUACCUGUUCAUACGACACGCAUGUAAGUUGGCGAAGCCCGGAGGAAUCGUCUUGGCUGAGAAGUCCGGGGCCUUCCCCUGGUCCCUCCACAAAGGGGGGAAUCUGAGCGAGCGAGAGCAGUGUAUGGUCUGGCCCGAAUACUGCGUCGCAUUUCUAGCUAAAUGAGCUGCCUUUUCUGGGGGUAUCUGGUUCCAAACCGCGCUGUGAAGUUGCCGUCCUCGUAUCCUUCUCUUGAUCAGUAUUUUUUUGACUUGGCCCGAUGUUUCCUCUCCGUCAGCUGGCGCUCAAUUUUGGUCUCGUAUCGG